GACAACGUUGACCUUGUAAUGCUAUAAAAACAUUGCAUUUUAACAUCACGUCUGCUGAUCGGAUCGAUAGACCGUUUGACGAAGGGUAUAAAUACUGUAAUCAACUACCUACAAAUGUUGCGUCCGUGCCGAUCAAUUGUACGCGGAAUAUCGGCAUUCGCUAAGGAAUCUACCUGCCGUUCAGUACAUACAACUGCUUUAGUUAUGGCGCCCGUUAAGGUUGGAGACCAAAUCCCCUCGGCAGAUUUGUUUGAGGAUUCACCGGCAAAUAAAGUGAACAUCUGCGAUUUGACGUCUGGCAAGAAAGUGGUUCUGUUCGGAGUGCCUGGCGCUUUCACUCCUGGCUGUUCAAAGACCCACUUGCCAGGAUACGUUCAGAAUGCUGAUAAAAUGAAGUCCGAAGGCGUCUCAGACAUAGUUUGCGUCUCUGUUAACGAUCCCUAUGUGAUGUCAGCUUGGGGUAAUCAGCAUAACACCAAGGGAAAGGUUCGCAUGCUAGCUGAUCCCAAUGGCGUGUUUAUUAAGGCUCUGGACCUCGGCACCAACCUCCCACCACUUGGUGGUUUCCGAUCUAAACGUUUCUCUAUGGUCAUCGAUGACAGCAAAGUUGUUGAACUAAAUGUAGAACCUGAUGGCACCGGUUUGUCUUGUUCUCUUGCUGAUAAGCUCAAGAUCAAAAAGUAAAAUUCAAUGCUACACAUAUCCUCUCACAUUUAGAAUAUAAGAUCUCACAUGAUUCAUGUGAUUGUCGUUAGCUUUACACAGAUUAUAGACUGUUGAGGCAUUUCUUGUGAUAAACCAAUCAAUUACAAUGUAAUACAAAUUUUACAACUACA